CCUCGAGCCAGUGAUGUGACUGCCAGGACCGCACAAUGAGGAUGAAGGUGAAAUGAGCGGCCAGGCGGGGCUGUAGCGGGCUGGGCUGUACCGGCGACCAUGAGGCCAACAUGAGCGCCCGCGUUACCAUGACAACCAAGAUGUUACUCUCGCUGCUGCUGCACUGCUUUUGUGUUGCUACUACCGCGUCAAUACCUAGUGGAGGUGGUUUACCGGGCGUGAGCGGCGGCGACGGCACGCGUCCGGAACGACCUUACUUCGACGACGUGUCGCCUCGGAACGUGUCCGCCGUCGUCGGACAGGCAGCCGUGCUCCGGUGCCGGGCCAAGCACAUAGGGAAUAGAACUGUAUCAUGGAUGAGGAAACGUGACCUUCAUAUCCUAACCUCGCACAUCUUCACAUACACGGGGGACGCGAGGUUCAGCGUCCUGCACCCUGAGCCCUCAGACGACUGGGACCUGAAGAUAGACUACGUGCAGCCGAGGGACGCAGGAGUCUACGAGUGUCAGAUCAACACGGAACCGAAGAUAAACAUGGCUGUGAUACUUACGGUCGAAGAUGAGUCCCUCAUCCUCGCGACCUCGGCCCCGCCCCGCUCCUCAGCGGCUGCGGCGACCAUAUGGGGUUCGCAGGACGUGUACGUGAAGAAAGGCAGCACAAUAUCGCUGACGUGUUCAGUGAAUGUGCACUCGUCGCCGCCCUCUACUGCCUCAAUUUUAUGGUACCACGGUAACUCAGUGGUAGAUUUCGACUCCCCUCGCGGGGGGAUCAGUUUGGAGACGGAGAAGACUGAAGGUGGCACCACCAGCAAGCUGCUGGUUACGAAGGCCGCGCUGACGGACUCCGGCAACUACACCUGUGUGCCCAACAACGCUCACCCUGCCUCUGUGUCUGUGCACGUUCUCAAUGGCGAGCACCCAGCAGCGAUGCAGACAAGCAACCGAGCGUCGUCCUACCUCACGUCACAGCUGAGCUGUGCCAUCGUCACCUACCUGCUAUCGUCGGCCGUCUGCAGAUGAUCGGCUUAACCGCCAGAUGUCGCCGCGCGCCGGGGGCACGGAGCGUCCUUUAUUUACCGAGCAUUCCGUUUUAUUGUAACACGACAUUCCAGUCACGGACACCGGAUAAAAAUGUAUUUCUUCGUUAUUUUAAUGUUUACUUUAUAAAGUCAGAAAUCUAAUUUGUUACUCAAGUUAUUUGAUUAGUAUAAUUAAAUGUGCAAAUCCUUUUGGCAUGUAAUACAGUUUCAAUAUUGAAAGAGGACUCGUUGCUCGCCCGCUCUCUUUUACUGUUAGCACAAAUAUCAGUUUAUAGAUAGGUACAUGUAGACGGACAGAUUGAGUUACUUUAUUACCAUUUAGAAGUGGAACUCUUCCGACACUGACACGGUGAAGUAAAUUGUGAUAACAUUGUGUUGUUGUAAUAUUAAACAUUUACUAGAACUAGUACAGCUCCGACCCCAUCGAACGUUGUAGACUUAAUAUUAAACUAAUAAUAGAAAUAAUUUAGGAAUUGUUAUUAAAUUGUCAUUUUUGCAAAAUUUGUGAUUAUUACGACGGUCAGUAUUAUUGUGUUUUAUUUUGAAUGAAAUGUGAUUUCGUUGAACAAUGCUCAUUAAGUUACAAUAAAUUAGUAUAAUUUUGGAAACGUAAUGAACAAUUUUGUUGACGAAUUAUUGUUUAAGACACAAGUGAAUGUAAAACAUUUUUUGUAAAUAAAGUAAACUAUACGUAAUAAUGUAGAAUAAAUAAAGUUUAUAUCAGAUCGCAUUGUAAAUAUUUCGUAUUGUUGUAAAUACAAAAUAAAUGAGUUUAAUGAUAAGAUUGGAUAAUGAAGUACCUAGUCGUUCUACCAUUGAGUGGUGAAAAACUGUUUUUCUUAAUUUGUUCUUAGAACAACCUAUUUAUCUAAACUAAAGCCUCUUUUCAUUGGAAACAUAAAUUUUCAAUGAAUAAAACAUGUAGGUAGUAUGUGUACUUUUAGUUCAGUUUGUGGGAAGAUAUUCAGAGAAACAUAAAGUAAUUUUGAAUCUUGUUAACGAGUGAAUAAUGUUAUAAUUAACUUUAAAACAUUUAAGUUAUUCUUACACCAUAAUACGGUCGUAAUAAAAUAUUAUCUUAUUAUAAUUGUAACGCUUACCUCGUGUAUAUUUUUAGUGUUUUCGUUGCGUAUAUUAUAAGGACUAUUUACCGCAAAUAAAGCCGCACAACACCCUCCACCCCCUGCCCUGCUCUACUCCCUAACUAGUACGAGACUCACCUGUGGGUGUUGCAGUGUCAAAUAAGUUUGUGUUGGGAAUUACAAACAGACAACUUGCCCAACAAGCCUACGGUUAAACUUUGCCUUCACAAGCUCACGGCACCGCCGCGCCGCCGCCGCUGUAUCAAACUCGCUGCUCUCAUGUCAUAAAUAUUCUAAAUACAAUGUCCCGCAAUCUCAGUUUCCAAUGACAAGAGGCUUGAACCUGUAAUUACUAGGGAAUAACGACAAAUAAUUAUUAAGAAUCUAUUGACUGUUUUCCACUAAAACUUUUAUGUAUAAAUUGAAUUUUCAUCGCAGGUAAUAGAAUUUAAUUUUCAUGUUAAUCUAGACCCGUACAGAGUCAAUUUACGCUGCGUAAAACGAGACUUAUUAGGUUUACGACGAAGUAAAUUUGGGGUUAUUUAAGGUGGAGUGUCUAAUUGAUUUUCUCGCGUCGCUCGUUACUUACGCGGCGUACAUUGAGCGCGUACCACUUGCCUCGACGCCCGCGCCGCGCCGCGCCGCGUCACGCCGCGUCGUGCCGCGCCGCCUACUCUACACUUUUUCCAUCUUCUUGUAUACUUGUAAAGUAGUUUAAUACUGAAAUAUUGCGAUAGUACGGUAGCAGAAAUAUACAUAGCUAUGUUCCUUUAAAUAACGCGUAGUAUGAUGUUAUUAAAUGUAAUUCGACGACUUAUUUGUACGAUUGAAGGACGGAACGUUUUUAUUACUGUGGCUAUUACUGAGUACCCACAAACUGAUUAAUGAAAGGGUUGAUUUAAUUUGUUUUAUAUCUUGUACAUAAAUUGUAAUAAGAAAAA